AUGGUGAUCCGACUGCUGAUGCGCUACCUGGCCAACAAUGAGCAGCUGAUCCAGCGGAUGGCGGAGAGCUAUCCAAUGAGACGUGCCGCCCAGCUGGUGGUAUCCCUAAUGUACCGAACCAAGAGUUUGGCCAGGGAGCAGGGACUCCACGAGAUGACGCCGGAGCGUUUUAAGUCCUUUGUCAACAUGUUCAAGAACAACGUCCGACAAGAGCUGGAGGGAGUGAAGAAGGAGCUCAAUAGCAAGAAAAAGAACUAAAAUGGUCAAGACCAGUAAAUGUAAAUACGCGGCAUGCUAAAUUAUGUAGUGAACUUUAGUAAACACAACUGAAAUAACUUUAAAGAAGGAACAUUAAUUAAGCAAUAAAAAAGUUUGUAUCUGUCAA